AUGGAUCCAAAAAUUCAAGUUCAAGUAGAUCCAAAUGAAGAUACUGAAUGGAAUGAUAUUUUAAGAAGUCAUGGUAUUAUACCUGAAAAACCUCCUUCUCCCACUCAGCAAAUAGAAGAAGCUUUAGACGAAGCAAUUGUCAAACAAUAUGAUAACAGAUUAGAAAAUAAAACAAUUGACGAAUUAGAUGAGUUGGAAGAUGAAGAAGAUGAAGAUUUUUUAAAUUUCUAUAAACAAAAAAGAUUAAACGAAUUGAAGCAAUUGACUGAAUCAAAAAAGUUCGGUGAUAUUUUCCCGAUCAAUAAAUCUGAAUAUGAGCAAGAAGUUACUCAAGCCUCAAAUGAUUCAUAUGUCGUAAUUCAUCUUACAUUACAAUCAAAUUUACAAAGUAGAUUAUUAUCAUCAUUGUUACAACAAUUGUCAAAGAAAUUUCCUGAAAUUAAAUUUUGCGAAAUACCAGCUCAAAGAUGUAUUGAAAAUUAUCCAGAAUCAAAUUGUCCUACUUUAAUAAUAUAUCAUAAGACUCAAGUUUUAAAACAAUAUAUCACAUUAACUCAAUUGGGUGGCAAUUCAACUAGUUUGCAAGAUAUUGAACGCGUUUUAGUUGACGUGGCGGCCAUUAAAGAUAAUGAUAAAAGAUUAAUUAUAAAUAAUGAAGAUGAAGAAGAGUUUGAAAGUAGAAAAUUAAGAUUUGCAAAGAAGUCAAUAAGAACUACUAAUGAAAGUAAUAAUGAUAGUGAGGAUAAUGAUGAUAAUAAUGAUAAUGAUGAUGAUGAUGAUGAUUUUUAUGACUGA